AGUCGCUUCGUAGCUCUUGGAGGAGAAGGAGUGUUUAUAUUUUUUUGUAACUGUCACUUAACAAAAAAUCAUAAUAUUUUACAAUAUUAAUUUUUUUACAUACAAAUUAGUGUCUUAAUUAUUAUUAUUUUCAUUAUUUUUUAAUUAAAAAUAUAUAUUAAUUUUAUCAUCAAAAGUGACAUAAAAUAUUUCAAGUAGAAAAUAUAAAUAUUUAGUCAGACCGGAUGAAAGGACUACUCUACAACUCGUGAUGAUUUGUUAAAAUUUAUGGGAUAUACAGUUUUAAAGUGAAAUUUAAUUUUGUGUGUGUUUAUUUAUUUAUUUUUUUUUAAAUUAUUAUUUUGAAAUUAAAUUAUUAUUAUUUUUUUUUUUUAAAUAAUUUAUUUGUUGUUUUUUAAAUUAUAAUUUCUUUGUGAAUUAAAGAAAGACGUGUUGAGUGUACUUGUUGGCUUGUAAUUGGAGAAUACCUCAAACACAGUGUACCGCAGUAAAACCAAGUGAAAGAAGAGCGUCUAUUUGUAUCCUCCUCGCACACAUUUUAAAUUGAAUUUUAUCUUUCGUUUCGCUGUUUGAUGUACUAGCGUCAUCUGUGUUACCGGCAGAGGACUUUUUUAUUUUGAAAAGAAAAAAAAAAAGAAAUUUUUCUUAUAUAUAUUUUUUAAAAGCAAACAUAUUUCUUGAUAAUUUUUUUAUUUACAAUUAACUUGUACAUUUUAAGUGUACACUUAAUUAUUUGAAAAAAAAAAGUAAAUAUAAUAAAUAUUUAAAAUAAUACUGAAACAUUGGGGUGUCAGUCACGCGGUUGAAUAAUCAUUAUCACUCGUUUGACUUGUCAGAUUAACGAUAUGAAACAUAUCAUGCGGUGAUAAACGACGAAUGGCGCGCAACUUAAUGGCGAGAAAGUCAGUGGCGCGUAACUCAAAAUUAACGCUUUAGUGUAGUUAUGCUUCAUAGCCUUCUAUUUAAACAUAUUUAAACGUGCUACGUAUAUAUAUUUGUGUGUAUAUGUGAAUAUUAUAAACAGUGUGUUUGAAAGUAAUUCACACUUAUUUUUUUUUUCUGUUUUUUUUUUUUUUGUAACACAAAAAAACACCUACCCACAUUAUCAGUGAAUACAAAUUUUUUUUUCUCUUUUUGACAACGAUCAAAUACAUUCAAUUUAUGUACAAUUAUUUGAUAUUUAAAUUUUUAUAUUAUUAAACAAAUACUCGUGCAUAAAGUACAACCAACGAAAUUCAACUGGUUCUUAAAAAAAAAAAAAUUACACAUCGACAUGCUGAGGAUUUUAUUACUAUUCAAGUAAAAAAAAAAUAAUAAAAAUAACAAAAACAAAUCCAUAUAUAGCUUGGUAUAUAAUACGAUUAUAUAAGGUGUAAAAAGCCUUAUACCGUAAAAAAUUUAAGGGUACAACAAAAGCCUAAAAAUGUAUCCAAGUGCUGGAAUCAAUGCCGCUGCUGUUGCAGCUGCGGCGGCCGCCAGACAUCCUGGACCACCACAACCAGGACAACCAUUUAAAUUUACAGUUAGUGAAUCAUGUGAUCGCAUCAAAGAGGAAUUUAAUUUUCUACAAGCACAAUAUCACAACUUAAAAUUGGAGUGCGAGAAACUGGCAGGUGAAAAAAUUGAGAUACAGAGACAUUACGUGAUGUACUACGAAAUGUCAUAUGGACUCAAUGUGGAAAUGCACAAACAGACUGAAAUUGCAAAGCGACUUAAUGCAAUUAUAGGACAAAUACUACCAUUUUUAUCACAAGAACAUCAUCAACAAGUUGCAACAGCAGUUGACAGAGCAAAACAAGUCACAAUGACUGAACUUAAUACAAUAAUAGGGCAACAAAGGCCGGAUUUACCAAGGCUAUUACAACAAAUGCAUGCACAACAAUUACCACCGGGUGCUGGUAUGGCACCACAUCCUGGUAUGCCUGGACUACCUGGUCUUGGUCCAGGUGGUGGUCUUCCAGUACCAACAUCAGCAUCAGCAGCACUAUUGGGACUUGGAUUACCACCUGGUGCUGGUUCAAAUCAAGGCAGUGCUGGAUCACAUCCACUUUCAAUGCUUGCUAAACCUGAACAUCAUAGAGGUCAAUCAGAAGAUUUAAAACCCAAUGGUGGUUUAAAUUCAGCAGAAGAAAGACAUAGAAAUUCAAUAUCACCAGCUGAAAGAGAAAAAUACAGUAGACCCAGAAGCACUCCAGACCCACAGCAUCACGAUCAUUUGCAUUUAAAAAAAUUGAAAAAAGAACAAGACAAAGACAUGGGCCAUCAAAGUGAUGGUGAAAAGAGUGAUCAAGAUUUAGUUGUUGAUGAUGCAAGUGAAGGACCAGCAAGUCCACCAGCAAAUGGUACAUCAUCACCACGUGAAAAUGGUAUGGAUAAAAUGGGACCAUCAUCAGUUGGACAAAUGAGUGGACAAAUGAAAAAAGAAGUACCACCACCAUCACCACGUAGUGGUACAAGUAGUAAUGCAAGUACACCAUCAGCUAAAAAAAUGGAAGAUCGUGAAAAACCAACAACACCAAUAUCAAAACCAGUAACACCAACAUCAGCUGGUGGUAGUAGUUCUGGUAGUGGUGGUAUUAAACAAGGUAAUUCAAGUAAACCACUUGUAUCAGGAUCAGCAGUUGGUCCUUAUCCACCUCAUUAUCCACCACCUCAUCAUCCCCCUGCUGGACCUCAUGUUGAUAUGUUAGGAUAUCCACCGGGUGCACUCAAUGGUUAUCCAACAAGACCACCACUUCAGCCACUAUAUGAUCCACACAGUGCAAUGCGAGCACCACUUGGACCACUUGGUGUACCAGGAGGAAAACCAGCUUAUAGCUUUCAUGUAACAAGUGAUGGACAAAUGCAACCAGUACCAUUUCCUCCAGAUGCACUUAUUGGACCAGGAAUACCACGUCAUGCUAGACAAAUAAAUACAUUGACACAUGGUGAAGUUGUUUGUGCUGUAACAAUAUCAAAUCCAACAAAAUAUGUUUAUACUGGUGGUAAAGGUUGUGUUAAAGUUUGGGAUAUAAGUCAGGGUAAUACAGCAAGUGCAAAACCAGUAUCACAAUUAGAUUGUUUACAACGUGAUAAUUAUAUUAGAUCAGUUAAAUUAUUACCAGAUGGUAGAACUUUAAUUGUCGGUGGUGAAGCUAGUAAUUUAAGUAUUUGGGAUUUAGCAAGUCCAACACCAAGAAUUAAAGCUGAGCUAACAUCAGCAGCACCAGCAUGUUAUGCAUUGGCAAUAUCACCAGAUUCAAAAGUAUGCUUCAGUUGUUGUAGUGAUGGUAAUAUUGCAGUUUGGGAUUUACAUAAUCAAACACUUGUUAGACAAUUUCAAGGACAUACUGAUGGUGCAUCUUGUAUUGAUAUAUCUGCUGAUGGUUCAAAACUUUGGACUGGUGGUCUUGAUAAUACAGUUAGAUCAUGGGAUUUAAGAGAAGGUAGACAAUUACAACAACAUGAUUUUACAUCACAAAUAUUUUCACUUGGUUAUUGUCCAACUGGUGAAUGGCUUGCUGUUGGUAUGGAAAAUAGUAAUGUUGAGGUAUUACAUGCAACGAAACCUGACAAAUAUCAACUUCAUUUGCACGAAUCUUGUGUAUUGUCUUUACGAUUUGCAUCAUGUGGUAAAUGGUUCGUAUCAACUGGAAAAGACAAUCUUCUUAAUGCCUGGCGGACGCCUUAUGGAGCUUCAAUAUUCCAGUCAAAAGAGUCAUCAUCGGUACUUAGCUGCGAUAUUUCAACAGAUGAUAAAUACAUUGUAACUGGAUCUGGAGAUAAAAAAGCAACCGUUUAUGAAGUGAUAUAUUAAUUACACCUCAAAUUAUUUGUUAAUAUUAUUGAACAUACUUGAAGUCAUGUUAAGAUAUUUAUGAAAUUAAUUUAUAUAUUAUAAAUAUAUAUAUAUAUAUUCGAAAGGAAUUGAAUGAAUAUUAGUAAUGAUGUGUUGUGUAACAAGAUAAGAAAAAGAAAAAAAAAAAAUUACAGACUAAACAGUGAGAUCUUUUGUAGCAUCAACACCUAUUCAAAUAUAAUUUGUUCUGUUUAUUUUUUUAUAACUAUUAUCUAUCGCUUUCUCUAAUUAUUAUACUCUGUUUUUUUUCUUUUUUU